CGCUUCUCCGCAUCUCAUGCAUCAUGAAAAAGCAGAUGACGAUGUAUGGAUCGAUAGCUCACUUUCCAAGAUCGAUAUUCCACCUACCACACUCCAUACCGGGAACGGGGAUAGCAUCAGCCUCGCUCACAGCCUCACCACAACCCCGCUUGAGGCUCUUAUCCAGAACCCUCACUUGUUUCUUUAGUCACAGCCUUUCAUCGUAAGUCGGUCAUCUUGUCUUUUCUGCUCACAUGGCUUCCAUCACUCGCC